AUGAUAUUCUACAAGUUGGACUUCAUGUUAAAGUGGCCGUCUCGGGAAUCAAUUUCAGCUACCCUUCCAUCAGCCUUUAGAAAGAAGUUCCCGCGUUUGACAAGCAUCAUAGACUGCUUUGAGAUAUUCAUGGAGCAACCAAAAAACCUGCAUGCUAGAGCUCAAGUGUACUCAAAUUACAAAAAACAUACAACUGUUAAGGUAUUCAUAGCAUGCACUCCUCUUGGAGCUGUUUGUUACCUAUCUCCAGCAUGGGGCGGGCGUGUAUCAGAUGUAGAACUUGUAAGACAGAGUGGAUUCAUAGACCCUCAUCUCCAUGAACCUGGCGAUCAAAUCCUAGCCGAUCGAGGAUUCCUUCUUCAUGAUGACUUCGCUACGGUUUGCUCAGCAGAGCUUAUUACUCCAGCAUUUACAAGGGGGAAAAGUCAGUUGUCAGCAUGGGAUGUGGAGAAGUCGCGAGGAAUGUCGUCAAUUAGAAUCCAUGUUGAGCGUGUCAUUGGACUUAUGAAGAAUCGCUACACCAUUCUUCAGAACACUCUUUCAGUUUCCAUGGUGAAGUCACGGAAAGGCGAGGCAGAUGGUGACAACUUAUCCAGCAUAGAUAGACUGCUUCGGGUGUGUGGCAUUUUGGUCAAUCUCGGUGGGAGCAUUGUGUUCAAGGAUUGA